AUGGCUGCAAAAGACGAAGUCUUGCAGUCGAGCCCCUCGGAUGCCGAGAAGGGUGGCAAUGGGGGCACUUAUGAGGGCACAAGCCAAGUCAUCGGCAAGCAGGAGUCGACCGUCUGCGUUCCUCAUGAGAAUUACAUGACGCGCAAUGGACUCAACCUCGAUUCUUUCAGAAAGGCUCACUAUGGCCUUGGCAUCGUUGAGCUGGAGCGGCCUAUGCGAGGUCGCCAUUUGCACAUGAUUGCCAUUGGCGGCUCCAUUGGUGCCGGUUUCUUCGUCGGCUCUGGAGGUGCUCUUAGCAAAGGUGGCCCUGGCAGCUUGUUUAUCGAUUUCCUCAUUAUCGGCAUCAUGAUGUUCAACGUCGUGUACGCGCUCGGUGAGCUUGCCGUUAUGUAUCCCGUGUCCGGUGGCUUCUAUACCUACUCUGCCCGCUUCAUCGAUCCCUCCUGGGGCUUUGCCAUGGGCUGGAACUACGUCUUCCAAUGGGCGGCAGUCUUACCCCUGGAGCUUACUGUCUGUGGCAUCACGAUUCAAUACUGGAACCCAGACAUCUCGGUCGGAGUUUGGAUCGCGCUCUUCCUCGUCGUCAUCAUUAUCAUCAACGUUUUUGGUGCUCUAGGAUACGCCGAGGAAGAAUUCUGGGCAUCUGCCUUCAAGCUGACCGCAACCGUCAUUUUCAUGAUUAUUGCUCUCGUCCUUGUCUGCGGUGGCGGCCCCUCUGGCGGUCGCUAUGAUGAAUACUGGGGCGCCAGACUCUGGUAUGAUCCCGGGGCAUUUAAGAACGGUUUCAAGGGAUUUUGCGCUGUGUUUGUCACGGCUGCGUUCUCGUUCUCUGGCACUGAGCUGGUCGGUCUCGCUGCCGCUGAAUCCCGCAACCCGGUCAAGUCGAUGCCAGGCGCCAUCAAGCAGGUGUUUUGGCGAAUCACUCUCUUCUACAUUCUCGGUCUCUUCUUUGUCGGCCUACUCAUCGACUGCAACGACCCUGCGCUGCUUUCGGAGAGCGCCUACGCUGACCCCAAGGCCUCACCUUUCGUCCUUGUUGGCAAGUACGCCGGCCUUAAGGGAUUUGAUCAUUUCAUGAACCUUGUCAUUCUCGUUUCCGUCCUGUCGAUUGGUGUAUCCGGUGUCUACGGCGGUUCUCGCACCCUCACUGCCCUCGCGCAGCAGGGCUACGCACCCAAGCUCUUCACUUAUAUCGACAAGUCUGGUCGCCCUCUGCCGUCGGUUAUCGUUCUCAUUCUGUUCGGCUUCGUUGCUUUCGUCAGUCUGAGUGCCUCCGGACCUACUGUUUUCGACUGGCUCCAGGCUUUAUCUGGUCUCGCCGCACUGUUCACCUGGGGCUCCGUCUGUCUGGCACACAUCCGAUUCCGUAAGGCUUGGAAGUACCACGGACAUACACUGGACGAAAUCCCUUUCAAGGCUGCCGGAGGCGUGUACGGUUCCUAUCUCGGUCUCUUCCUCUGCAUUAUCGUGCUCAUUGCACAGUUCUAUACCGCAGUUGCCGCACCUCCUGGCAAGCCCGGCGUUGGCACGGCCGAGAGCUUCUUCAAGCAGUACCUUGCUGCACCUGUUGUUAUCGCGUUCUGGCUGAUUGGCUACCUUUGGAAGCGUGAGGGCUGGCUGAGGACCUCUCAAAUGGACGUCGAUACUGGCCGCCGUGAGCUGGACUGGGAUGAGAUCAACGCGUACAGGGCCAAGGUCGCGGCGUGGCCUGCUUGGAGACGCGCGUUGAACAUCAUCAUGUAA